AUGUCCCAGCUGAUGGAGUUCGUCAGCUGUAUCGCUAUGGUUAAUGAAGGAGAAAUUGGAGAAGAUGAGCAUGGUCUCUGCAAGAUCCAGAUCGAAGAUGGCGCUUCGUUGGAAACAUUAGAUGAGAAUAAUCUUUCAGAGCUCAAGAUACUGAACAUGCUAGUAAGCGAAGGUACAGAGAUUUUUUCUAAAGGUCGCUUUGGAAUCAAUGAUGUGCGAAUCUUCGCGGGAGAGAAUAUCGAUAAAGAGUCCAAGAAAUAUGUGUGGUAUGAACUGCUCAAAAUGUUAACUGGCCACAGGGUUUACAUUGCGUCGCUGGAUAAAAAAGUUGUAUUUACAAAAUGGACAUGUAGAAUGCAAAACGAUGAGGUAUGGAAAGUAGUUAUGGAAUUGGAGUCAUCGGCGAUUACAAGAAAAAUCGCUGAACUUACCUUGCAUCCGGUCACAAAUGGGGAGACUGAUUUAUUUGAAAUGGCUGAUAAACUUUAUCAAGAUAUCUGUUACGUUAACGAUUCUUACCGGAAUAUGAAGGAAAGCAACUCCAGCAAUAGAAAUCGAGUAGAAGAACUGACCCGGGAAAGGGAACUAUUAGAUCAGCUUCUAGAAGAACGCGAUGAGAGGACCAGAACAAUGGUGGUGGCCUUGUUGAAUGAGAAGAAGAAGAAGAUAAGAGAGCUUCAUGAGAUUCUGCGACGAAAUAAUAUCAAAGUGUCUGAUGAUGAUGUUUCAGACUCUACGCUUAUUAAUAUGGAAGUGGCAAAGCCAAUUUCGGAGUUGAAUUCUCCAGGAAAGAGAUUGAAACAAAGAAGGACAGUAGAACCUCAAAACUUAAAUGCGAAAUUGAAAGACACAAAUCGGAGGAGGGCUAAUAGAAGAAUAUCUAAUCACUCUGCGAUUAAGUUGGAAGACGAUGAUUUUGAUGACUUUCAAUUUUUCGGACUUUCUAAAAGGCCAAUUAUUGCUGCUAAAGAUAAACUUAGUGAAAAUGACGAUGAUACAAGAUCAGUAAGUUCUAUGUCUGAUAGUAGUAAUGAUAAUCGAAAACAUUUGGCAUUUUUAGAGGAAAAUCGCAUUCAAUUAUCAGCAGGCAAAUUGAGCAAAAAUCACGGCGCAAUUCCCGGGUCUGAAUCUGAGACUGAUGCAAGUGCAGAGGAAAAGAAGAGCCCGAACAAUAGUGAACAAGGCACUAAUGAUAAGGAAUCUUGCUUGCAGACAGAGUCAGAAACGGAUAUAGAAGCGUGA